GUGUUGACGCUGCUGGAGUUUGAGAAGUGGCGGGACCCCGACUUGUACGACGAAAUAAGAGCUUGCAUUUUUUCUUUGGAUUUGAAAAUUCGCCAAUUCAACAAUUUCGAAAGAUACUUGCUGGAGCUCGAAAAGGGCAAGCUUCGCUGGUCUGUGCUGCACUCCGAGAAGUUUUGGCGCGAAAACGUGAUGGUUUUUGAAAAAGAUGAAUUCAUCACAAUUCAAAAAAUCGAAAAACUCCUCGACAGCGAAGACCCAACAACUCAGGCCGUGGCUUGUUACGACUUGGGCGAGUUCGCGCGCCUCCACCCCGCCGGCAAAAAGGUUUGCCAAAAGUUCAAAGUGAAGGACAAAGUGAUGCUGCUGAUCAGCAGCAAACACCGCGAGGUAGCAGCAGAAGCUCUUCUUUGUGUCCAGAAGCUGAUGCUGAACAACUGGCAAGAUAAGCUCUCGCGCUUUCUUGCAGCAGCAGCAGCAGCAGCAGCAGCACCUAGGCGGAGAACAGCGCCUCCACCGACGCGCCGCCGUUCUCCUAGAGGAGCUGCUGCACCUCCUGCUGCUGUCAAUCAAGAAAGAAUUGAAGACACAGACAGAGAAAUUGCAGCAGAACUGGGGGGCGGGGGGGCCCCCCGGGGGCCCCCAGAAGGGGCCCCCGCAGCUUUUGCAGCUCCUACGUUAAGUGUUGCAGGCGAAGAACAACUGCAGCAACAGCAGCAGCAGCAGCAGCAAGGCGGAGCAGCUGCCUCGCCUGCAAAGGCCUUUGGGGGCCCAGGGCUUUCAGUUGCUGCUCCAACUGCAGCAGCAAGACCAGCAGCAGCAGAAGAAGCAGAAGCAGGAGGAGCAGCAGCAGCAGCAAAGCCAGUCAAGGCCUUCAAAGGCCCUUCUUUCGGCGUUGCGGCGCCAACAUCAGCAGCAGCAGAAGCAGCAGAAGCAGCAGCGGCCGAAGAGGAAGCAGAAGAGCGAGAAGCAGCAGCAGCAGCAGCAGCAGCACGAGGCUUUAAGUCCCCAGAAUUUGGCGUUGCUGCUGCUGGCUAUGAGGCCUGGCCCCCGCAGACACCUGAGAAAGGCCACGGGCGGGGAGUCAGUUGA